CAGAACGGUAACCGAGUUAUCGUGGUUUCUGUGCAUUGGAAUCCGAAUCUUCGCUUCCUACAAAUAUCGAACAUAUACCUAUCUCACUUUAAGUUCUAAAAGUAUACACUAGUUCAGCCACAGAAAGAAACAGACCUCUUGAUUAACGAUGGCAUUGCAAGAAUCAACAAAAGAAAACGUCCGCUGUAAGCACCCGGAGGACGUGUUACACCUUGCCAAGACAAAGGCUGUACGAAAGAUACAACUAAAGGAGGACUUCAAUCCAGAACUGGAGCCACUUCUCCAAGAAGGUCCAAAUCGUUUUGUAAUGUUUCCUAUUCAAUAUCCUGACAUCUGGAACAUGUAUAAAAAGGCUGUAGCCUCUUUUUGGACAGUAGAAGAAGUAAAUCUUCACAAGGAUGACAAGAAGGAUUGGGAUGAAAAGCUAAGUUCUGACGAGAAAUACUUUAUUUCUCAUGUCUUAGCAUUCUUUGCCGCAUCCGAUGGUAUUGUUAAUGAGAAUCUGAUUGAGAGAUUCAGUCAAGAGGUAAAAAUUACCGAAGCACGUUGUUUUUAUGGCUUUCAAAUUGCAAUAGAAAACAUCCAUUCUGAGAUGUAUUCUUUGCUCAUUGAAACGUAUAUUUCUGAUCCAAAAGAAAAAAAUUUCUUAUUUAAUGCGCUUGAGACACUUCCUUGUGUGGGAAAAAAAGCUAAUUGGGCAUUAAACUGGAUCAAUCAUGAGAGUGCUACAUUUCCUGAACGUGUAGUCGCGUUUGCGGCUGUCGAAGGUAUUUUCUUCAGCGGUAGUUUUGCAGCUAUAUUUUGGCUGAAAAAACGAGGAAUUAUGCCAGGUCUCACCUUCAGCAAUGAACUUAUCUCGCGAGAUGAAGGAUUACAUUGUGAUUUCGCCUGUUUAAUGUUUAAACAUAUCAUACAAAAGCCAUCAUUUGAGCAUGUGAAAUCGAUUAUAAUGGAUGCCGUGGAAAUUGAAAAAGAAUUUUUAACACAGGCAUUACCUGUCGAAUUAAUAGGUAUGAAUUGCACACUUAUGUGUAAUUACAUCGAAUUUGUCGCGGACAGAUUGUUCGUUGCAUUAGGAUUUGAAAAGGUUUACAAUUCGGAGAAUCCGUUCUCGUUUAUGAAUUUUAUCUCUCUGGAGGGCAAGACAAAUUUCUUCGAGAAAAAAGUGGGCGAGUACAAGAAGUUUGGAGUUGUGGAAGAAGAAUCUCAAAAAACGAGUAACAUAUCAAAUGUGGUGUUUAAUGCACAUUUCUAAUAUAAAAGGUUUGAAUAGUAUAAACAAAAAAUAUUGUAUAUAGUUCUC